GUCUAUAUAAACCCGUAGGAACUGCAUACUGGUCAAUCAUAAGGCUAUGAUGCACUUCUGAAGCAGUGAAUCAUGAGGAAGAUGAGGCCCAAACUAGCAGAGAUGGUGCUUCAUUCACUCCAAUAGCAGAUGAGGUACUCAGUCAGUUAACAAGGAAGACAAGAAAGAAGAUUGAAGAAGAAAUGCAAAGAAAACAAAGGGAUGGCAGUGAUAGUGAGAUUGAAAAAGAAACUGGUGCAAGGAAGUCCUCAAGCACCAGGCAUGAAGAUGGAAGUAUGGAUAGUGUUAGCGAUGAGGAGAAACUAUCUUCGUUUAAAAAGCAAGGUGGUAAAUCAUUGAAGAGCAAAAUGAAUGAAAAUGGUACAGUCAGCGUAAACUUACGAAGUCAGAGUUUUGAAAGACUGUCUUCUGCGUCCAAUUCACAUAAGCUGCACGGAAGAAAAAGUAAAAAACUGGGCAGAUGUACUUUGUUGGUACGAAGUUCCAAAGAGGGGCAAAAUUCAGAGACUGAUGGCUUUGUUCCUUACUCUGGAAAGCGGACACUGCUUUCAUGGCUGAUUGACUCUGGAACUGUGCAAUCAAGUGAAAGGCUGCGCUAUAUGAACCGUCGACAGACUAAGACACUGCAGAAAGGCUGGAUUACAAGAGAGGGCAUCCACUGUGGUUGCUGUAGUAAAAUCCUCACAGUUUCAAAGUUUGAGAUUCAUGCUGGAAGCAAGUUGCGUCAGCCAUUUCAGAACAUAUAUUUGGAGUCUGGCAUAUCUCUUCUGCAGUGCCAAAUAGAUGCAUGGAAUAGGCAAGAAGGCUCUGAGCACUUUGGUUUCCACUCUGUUGAUAUUGAUGGUGAUGAUCCUAAUGAUGAUACUUGUGGCAUCUGUGGAGAUGGUGGUGAUUUGAUCUGUUGUGAUGGUUGUCCAUCCACAUUUCACCAGAGCUGCCUUGAUAUACAGAUCCUUCCCCAGGGUGAUUGGCACUGCCCAAAUUGUACAUGCAAAUUUUGUGGGAUAGCCCACGGGGAUGCUACUGAACCAGCCGAUGAUAUAACUGUCUAUGAAUUAUUCACUUGCAGGAUGUGUGACAAAAAAUGUCACAGAUCAUGCAUACCAGAGAUGGAUUCCCUUCCUGCUGAUUCAAUCCCUUCUUUUUGUGGGCAAAAGUGCAGAGGGCUUUUUGAACAUUUGCAGAAGUAUCUUGGCAUUAAACAUGAACUAGAAGCAGGAUUUUCAUGGUCUCUUAUUCAUAGAGUAGACACAGAUCCAGAGUUAUCUUCUCGAAGCCUGCCUCAGAGAGUGGAGAACAAUUCCAAACUUGCAGUAGCAUUGACUAUCAUGGAUGAAUGCUUUCUCCCAAUUGUUGAUAGGAGAAGUGGGAUCAAUUUAAUUCAUAAUGUUCUUUAUAACUGUGGAUCAAACUUCAAUCGGCUAAAGUACAGUGGCUUCUAUACUGCUAUUCUGGAGAAGGAGGAUGAAAUAAUUUCUGCAGCAUCUAUCAGGUUCCAUGGGACUAAGUUAGCAGAGAUGCCAUACAUAGGAACUCGUCAUAUAUACAGGCGCCAAGGAAUGUGCCGUCGGCUUUUUGGUGCUAUUGAGUCGGCUCUCUGCACUCUCAAAGUUGAGAAUCUGGUUAUCCCUGCUAUUGCUGAGUUUAUGCAUGCAUGGACAGAAGUUUUUGGUUUCACUCCUCUUGAGGAUUCACUUAAGAAGGAAAUGAGGUCCAUGAAUAUGUUGGUGUUCCCUGGUAUAGAUAUGUUACAGAAACAGCUGUUGAACCAAGAAAAUGCUAAGGGAGACAGUGCUGCUGAUACAGGUGCAAGACAAAAGGUAUUGAAAUUAGAGCAUUCUAUUACACCCGAGGUUGAAACUAAGCCCUAUGUGGAUUGUUCAGCCAAGCAAGAACAUCAUGAGCAGGAUGAUAGCAAUCCUAGCAACAAGAAAAAGGUUAAUGUUGCUUUGGUUUCUGAUUCCCAAACGCCCCAUGUUUCCUUGGAUGAUGUUUCCGCGGAGAGUUCUCUAAUUGCUUCCCAAGAACUACAAAUUCCAGCCUUAGCUGAGGGGAUCACA